UAUGAUUGGAUCUUGUAUGAAAACUAUAGAAAUCAAAACAACAGUGGAUGGUUCCUGGGACAUUGCUGGCUGAAUGUGGACUACACCAUAACGGAAACCUCAAGAUUUUCAAAGUUUCUUCCUGAAACAGAAACCAGAAACUAGAAACCUUUUGAUUGGUUAAGAGGAGCUGUCACCAUGACGACUAGCUGACUAUAGGAUUUUAAGCUGAAACAUGCCAGCAGUAGUAAUGGAUCUUCUUCAUCGUGUGAAGAGAGGGGUUGAGGUUGUUGCCACGACAGCAGGUUCUGUUGCUAAGGAGGCAGUGCAGGAUGCAGUUGCCAAUGGAGGGGCCUCACCAGGGCCCACAACUGUAGCCCCAGAUGGGGGGUCGGGAACCACUGCAGCUCCAAAGGGAAUCAAUAAACUCAAAAACUUGGUAGCAGAAGAACUAAACAAAUUGGGUCUUCCAAUGUGGGCGCUAAUUGCCAUAGGAGUGGCUUGUCUCCUGGUUUUGUUGUGUUGUUGUUAUUGUAUAUGUAAAAGAUGUAUUUGUAAAAAACGCAAAAGUAAGGAUGGAAAGAAAGGGCUGAAGGCUAGCUUAAAGCCGGGACUAGAAUUUGCCUUGAAGAAGGAAAACAUUCAGCCAGAUCUAGAGGAACUUGAGGUCAAUAUGGAACAUGAUGACGACAAUGAGAGUACAAAAUCUGAGGUCAAACUCGGGAAACUCCAGUUCCAGUUAGACUACGACUUCACAAAGAAUGAGUUGACAGUGGGGGUGAUACAAGCUGCCGAUUUGCCAGGAAUGGACAUGUCAGGAACCUCGGACCCCUAUGUCAAAGUUUACCUCCUACCUGACAAAAAGAAGAAAUUUGAAACUAAAGUUCACCGCAAAACUCUCAACCCAGUUUUUAAUGAAACAUUUACAUUUAAGAAUGUCCCAUAUGCAGAAAUAGGAGGGAAGACACUAGUAUUUGCAAUCUACGACUUUGACAGAUUUUCCAAACAUGAUCAGAUUGGACAGGUGAAAAUCCCACUAAACACUGUAGACCUUUGUCAGGUGAUUGAGGAGUGGCGGGACUUAAUCAGCCCAGACAAUGAUGCUGAAAAGGAGAACAAACUUGGGGAUAUUUGUUUCUCCUUGCGGUAUGUUCCUACAGCGGGGAAACUAACAGUCGUCAUACUGGAAGCCAAAAAUCUGAAAAAGAUGGAUGUUGGCGGUCUCUCAGAUCCAUAUGUGAAAAUAGCUCUCUAUCAGGGCAACAAACGCCUGAAGAAAAAGAAAACGACCAUUAAGAAAAAUACCCUGAAUCCUUACUUUAACGAGUCCUUCUCGUUUGAGGUCCCUUUUGAGCAGAUUCAGAAAGUCCAGCUGUAUGUGACUGUCGUGGACUAUGACAGAAUAGGAACCUCUGAACCAAUCGGGCGUGUCGUCCUGGGAUGCAACUCAAGCGGAACAGAGCUUCGCCACUGGAGUGACAUGCUGGCCAACCCACGUCGACCCAUUGCCCAGUGGCAUACCCUACAGGAAGUACCGGAGAAAAGCUAAAAAUAAAAACCUUGAGACACAGCAGUGACACAGUUCUCUGCCCUUGUAACUUACUCUUCAUUGUUAUGGCGCUGUUUAUGAGGUCACAUUUUCUUAAUGUAGCAUAGAUGUUGAAAUAUUUCGAUGAAUUGCCCAUCAUUAGUGAAUUUAAAGUUUUGGAUACAUCUUACGUUGGAAACUGGGAUCCGUUUUGAAAAACAAAGGAAGACAACUCUUCCAAUUUUUCGUGCAAUAUCACCAUAAACUGACCCAUAUUUAUGUGUAUAUCCUGAUAUUUAAUUCAAUUACACAAAGCUCAGUAGAUGGUGAGGUAUUGAGUAAACAUGAGAUACGUGUGAAAUAUAAAAAAAAAUAUUUAUGAAUAAUUAUUAUAAUCCAUUUGUUGUAAAGGUAUAUAGUUUUGAAUUACUGAAGUGCAUGGGAAUCUGUUUUACAUACAAGGCUAUAUGACAAAGAUGUCUUGAAGUUGAUGAAUUAGUAUUUUUUGGGGAGGUACAGGUUACUGGUUUCAGUAGUUUUAUCAUGAGGUUGUUGAACUGUAGAACCGGUUUAUGAAUAUGUUCUGUGAUAGUCAGUAAUUUUUAGCGAUGUGAAUCUUUUUCUCAAAAGUCACUCUGUAAUGUAUUUUCUAGCCAGUUACACCUGGCUGUAUUGAUAUUGAUGUACUGGGUUAUCUUUGAAUUUUAUAGAAAAUCAAAGAUUUUUUUUAAAAUUUGCUGCAUCAUCUCUGUUGCUUAUUUUCUUAAAGUUUAAAAGAGAAAACAGUACUUAAAAACUGAUGUGUCAAAACUUUUAAUUUUUUUCAAACACAAGGUAAGAUUAAUGCUUGAACUUAACGUGAUUGAAAAAUGAUCAGCUAUGAUAGAAUCUCACCUAUAACAUUACAUGGAGAGAUGACCAUUUUCUGUGGACAUUAAAGUAGGAUGAGUUUCUCUGGACAUUGGGAGAUAACUAUAUCUGUGGUCAUUAUUGAAGGACAGCUUUCCUUCUGGAUUAGAGAGAUUACCAUUUCUGUGGACAAUAUAGGGGAAUGGCUAUCUUUGGACAUUGAGAGAUGGCCAUUUCUGCAGUCAUUCUAGGAAAACAUCUUUCUUUGGACAUUAAGAGUUGACCCUGUGUUCUAGAUGUAAAUCAUCCUGUCUCAUUUCUGUACAUACAGACAUUCCUAUCAGUACAUUCCAUCACGUUUACACAAACACGUAUGUUUAAUUCAGGAAAUCCAAUUUUUGUUCAACUUUACAAGAAAUAAUGGCAUUUAUUGUGAAUUUUAGGUUGUUGGAAAGUAUUUAAAAUUUUUGUAUAUUACUUUUAUUAUUUAUAACAUUUUGAAUAACUAUUUAUUAAGAAAUCCUUUACUUUGAAUUCCAGCUAAAUGCCUGCUUUUACGUUUAGAAUCUCUGAAAAAGACAUUGACAUUGAAUACACAUCAAAAAUCAGGGAUUGUUUCCCCUGAACAAGAUUAACACUUAUGUUGUUAUUGUUGAAGUUUGUUUUGUUUAAAUUCUUGUUUAUUGAUCAUAUAGGACUCAACCACAGACCUACUAUGUAAUGCAUGCAAUGCAAUGUAAUAAAUAGUAACCAUAGUCUAUUUUAAUUUGUGAAGAUCAAAGGGCAUGUCCCAAAUUGUCUUUUAAACAGUGGUGUUACUUUAAUGUAGUAAUACUGUAUCUCAAUAGAAAUCCACAUUCAAAUUCAAACUGGUCACGAAUUUGUGUCAAAUUAUUAGACCUUCUGUAGUCAGUGGUUCAAUAAAAUUUGUGUCUGAAAAUUACAA